AUGGAACCCACAUACAUAGGAAGCUUGAUACUUUUGGUUUGUGUUUUCGGAGCAAUUCAGUUAUCAGAGGGAGGUCCACUAUGCGGUUCAUGUACACAUGUAUCCGACCCCAGACAUUGUGAUCACGUGACCAGAUGUGGAGAUCACGAGGAAUGCAUGACAUCACAAUAUGUUACUCUUAGUGGACAUGUGAUGUAUGACGUGGGCUGUAUAUCGUCGUUUCGAUGUAACAGUUUUGGAAAGCGUGGAAAUGUUGCUGAGUUAGACCUGAGAGAAAGGAGAAGUAAUGGACAAACUAUCUUUUGUCAAAACUGUUGUAACACCACUGCCUGUAAUACAAUGUCUGGUCUCUGUAACACAAAACCAUUAGACACAAACGGCUAUAUAUUAUGCUAUAAUUGUGACCAGAUGACGUCACCAUCCCAGUGUGACAAAAUAACUAGAUGUCCUGCCAGUCAGCAAUGCUAUAUUGGUCACAAGCAAAGUGGUUUGAGUGGUGCUAUCCUGUGGGAAAGUCGGUGUGGAAUCGGUAUUCAGGAAUGCCAGACUGGUUUAUCUGCUGCUGUUGCUGUCAUAGGAAAAAGAAUCUCGCCUUUAUGUGCACAAUGCUGUAACAGCAGCAAUUUUUGCAACGACCAGUGUUCUCAUUCCGCAACUAAACCGUCAUCUUCAUCAACGGUGACGUCAUCUACAACAACGUCGAUAACAACGACGACGUCAUCAACAACAACGGCAACGACAUCAACCUUAUCAUCAACAUCAACCCUUAAGCCCAGUAGACCGACGAUAACCAGUCUUUCACCUUCCCAGAACAUUUUACCGGGAGAGUCAGUAACCCUCCACUGUGCGGCGACAGGAAAUCCUCCGCCACAUUUGAACUGGGGUGUCACGCAUUUCGUUAUCAAUGGUAAAGCACCAAACAACACACGUAUCUCGGAUGAUGGACGUUCAAUUCACAUCGAUCACUUCCUACCUGAUAAUGCUGGACUGUAUAUCUGUACAGCUAGUAACAACGUUGGUACAACCAGUAAAGUCACAGUCAUCCAUGUAUCGAAGCCCGUGAUUGUCGCAGCCACUGCUAUACACCAUGCAAGUAUCGGAGACAAUGUUAUAAUAAAGUGUGGAGCGUCAGGUGAACCCAAACCCACAAUCUCCUGGGCGGUUCUGUCUUAUACUACUGCAGCAGAUAACCUGAGUUUGGUCGGUAACGAUUUACACAUCAAUGGGUUUACGUACGAAAACUACGGUACCUACAAGUGUACAGCAGAAAACAGCCAAGGCCAAGCCGAAAAGUUAUUUAAUAUAUCACCAUUCCGUGCGUGA